UCGAUGCGGGGCCAUAGGCUUAUCUUACGUCGAAGACGCUGUCCGAGAAAGAAUUACUGAUGGAGAACGAGAAAGCAGAACGAGGACUCGAGGUGGUGAGCCUAACGUGCGCCUUGGUAGGAGGCGAUGCGAUUCUGCCAUACACACCACAGACCGUGGAAGCAAUGGUGUCGCCGGUGACCGGCAAGAAGUUGCCGCACGAGGGUCUGAGGUUUCUGCAAGCAGUGCUGGGAUCAGUACCACUCGUACACAUCGAGGAUGUCUGCGAAGCUCAUGUGUUCUGCAUGGAGAGGGAGUCAAUGUCCGGCAGAUUUCUGUGUGCCGUCGCCUACCCAACAAUGCAAGACAUCGUCGAUCACUACGCUGAGAAGUAUCCUCAACUUCCCAUACCGAUCCGAGAGGUGGAAGGGGAGGGGACAAGGAUUCCAUGCAGUUCUACUAAGCUGGAAGAGAUGGGGUUCAAGUACAAGUAUUCUGUGGAGCAAAUAUUAGAAGGUAGUGUUGAAUGCGCCAAGAGGCUUGGAACAUUCGAAGCAUGAAUCUAAUGUUGGUUCAACA